CCUCGUUGACAACUGUCGCAAACCUUUUCUCUUUCUCACUAUGUCUUCCGGUGCAGAGACCGUUAAAACUGAGGAUGUCCCGAUGGAAAUACCAUUGGAGGGCCUUGAGGGGGCUCAGCAAAAGUUUGGGCCCCUGUUAUCACCUGUGCCCGCUACCACAGAAGCUUGGACGCGAUACGCUGACAGCCGCUCAAACACGAUACAGACGUAUGGCAAUAGAGAAGACAUAGAGCCCCAGGGAGGCGCCCCUCAAGAGCUCGACGAGGAGGAGCAAGGCAGUGAAUCUCUCCGGAGAAAGACCUCGAAGCACUUGAAAGCGCUUGAGCGCGAGAUGGAUUUCCCACUCGGGACGUUCUCGAAGGGUGUCUCGACCUUGUACUCUUGGGUCAACCUCGACGAUGUGUUCGAUGACACCAACCCUCGAGACGGUGACGUCGCCGCGAGAAUCUACAGCCCAACCACGCCCGCCUGCAUCGACGUCUACCUAAACUAUCACUUCCGCGCACGCUUCUCAAUGGGAUCUGAAUGGUUCUGGAGCCUGGUGUACAAGAUCCACCGCUGGCCGGGCAAGGAAGUCCCAGACGCCGCAGCGGUAGCCCAGCGCUUCCAGAAAUCACGAGAGGCGCCGAGCGGCUGGAAGCAGAUCGGCGGAGCGUCCUUCGACGGCCUGCAGGCCGAGCGCGGCGCCGUUCGUAUAGCCCACAGGGACGUCCUCGACAUCCACGAUGCACUCCUUGGUCCCAUCGACAAACCGAGCGAGGACGCGUCGGAAGAAACCAAGCUCGCGUUCCGGCGCCAGCUGGUGUGGUGUGCUCGGCUGCUCAUGGCGUCCGUCGGGAUUGGGUACCAGGUAGCGUGCACUGAGCCUGAGCGCGACGUUGGCGUCGGCCAAGAUGGCAUGCAGUGGAAGCUUACGAUUCGAGAGCGUGGAGGGACCUGGCUUGCACGGGGAAUAAGGAAGGCAUGUGGAUUUGAGCUUUCGAAGGAUCCGGAAGAGGCGCAAGAGUUUGCGGCGUUGCAGAAGAUGAGAUAGGAGGAUGCAUUAGAGGAGGAUGGAUUUGACGAAAACUAGUGUGGGAUUUGAUCUAGUAAACUGCGUGUCGUAUAUGGAAAAUCAUCUAGCCAUUGAUUUAUUCACUCCUAGGUGGAGUUUCCUAACUUUCUGCAGACGCAUGCAACGUGAUUUCAU